UCAUGUGACCGCGGUCCGCCCUCCUUCAGCGCCCACUUGAAGUUGUUGUGCGUGCGGUAACAGCUGCUUUGUCCUGCCGCUGACACUGAUGGCGAUGGAGAAUUUGAAGCAGUUCCUGCUCGUCCUGUCUGCUGCCGCCGCCGUCGGCUUUGUCUCCAUUAUAUUCGUGUUAAGAUGGGUUCUCCACUACAAGGAAGGUUUAGCCUGGGAUGGAGGACUGGCGGAAUUCAACUGGCAUCCGGUGCUGAUUGUCACCGGGUUUAUUUUCUUGCAGGGAAUAGCCAUCAUCGUCUAUAGGCUCCCCUGGACCUGGCAGUGCAGCAAACUAAUGAUGAAGUUCAUCCAUGCGGGCUUGCACUUAGUGGCCUUUGUUUUUGCUGUUAUAGCUAUGGUGGCAGUUUUUGAUUUUCACAAUGCUGCCAAAAUCCCCAACAUGUACAGUUUGCACAGCUGGCUGGGUUUGAUCGCUGUGAUACUGUACUGUCUACAGCUUGUUCUUGGAGUUGGAAUGUACUUGAUACCAAUUACACCUAUGUCCUGGCGAGCAGCAUUCAUGCCCCUCCAUGUCUACAGUGGUCUGUUACUCUUUACCAGUGUUAUAGCUGUGGCACUCAUGGGCAUCACAGAAAAACUCAUUUUUGGCCUGAGCAACCCGAAGUAUAAGGACUCACCUCCAGAAGCAAUUUUUGUGAAUGUUCUGGGAGUCCUCCUGGUGGUUUUUGGAGCGCUGAUCCUCUGGAUUGCCACUCGACCAUCCUGGAAACGACCCAGUGACCAGAUCUUGCAUACUCUGCAUACCAAUGGGGGAGGUGAGGACAGCACCAAAGUCGGACCAGCCCUGUCUCAGCUGUCCGAUGGAGCUGAUGCGGAGGCCUCUGGGGAUGUCAGGAGGAGGAAUAACAAAUUAGAUGAUUAGACUAACCGAUUACAGAAUAACUUAGUCUGAGUUUAUACUGUCUUCAAUGCUGAAUGUAUGUUCACCCAGUCUACACUGGUCAGAGAAAGUCAAAAUGUGCUUAUCUUUCUAUACAUAAUGUUCUCUUUUGCACCUUUAAGUAUUUUAUUUUGUUGGCAUUUUGAGCUAGUUGUUCUUUCAAAGAUUUAUUGUUGCAAGUGCAUGUAAAUAAUGGUGAGUUACUUUAUGAAGAGAUUCAGAUGAUGAUGUUGGAAUAGGUUUUAUUUACACACUCUGUACAAAUAACCAUCUCAGAUUUUCUAUGCUCUGAAACCUCUGUAUUCUCACAUCUGGGAUUUUGAAAUAUGUUCAGAACCUACAUAUAUUUCCAAUAAAUACCGUUAAUUUCUUCUUAGCA